AUGGAUCAGUCACAAAUCAAGGCAUUAGCUGCCAUUCAUCCUUAUAUCCAUUUGGCAACGACUCAGAAGAACCCUACACAGCGGUUUGUCUGUGACCUUAUCAACCGUGCGAUCUCCGCACCAGGAACAUAUCUCUUCGCCGAACUACUUCGAACACCUGCUGUUCAGAGCCUACGUGGCACAGACUCGCAGUCAUAUUUGACCCUACUGGAGAUCUUUAGCUGGGGCACCUUUGAGGAAUAUUGUGGUAAGACUUCGACUUUCAAAUAUUCAAUCAACCAUCAACACCAACUUACUCACCUUCCAGCUGCCUCUGGUCUCCACGAGCUCGAUGACAUACAAACAUUUAAACUUCGACAACUCACACUCCUGACACUCGCUUCACCAUUUGCACCUCGCCCCCAGAACGCCAGCGGUGACGACAACCUCACCUACGAUGCUCUACUCUCAAAACUCUCCCUCCCUGACGCUGCGAGCCUCGAAUCACUGGUCACACAAACAAUCUACUCUGGCCUCCUGGUAGCCCGGCUCUCACCGACCUCCAAUCCUCCGGUCGUAAAAGUCAAGUCUGUCGCCCCUCUUCGCGAUCUACGCCCACAAUCCAUGCCCGCCCUCCUUCAAAUUCUCCGCACAUGGGAGUCUCGCUGCACCACCAUGGUCACAGACCUCGAAGCACAGAUCGUUGCAAUCCGCACCACAGCCUCUUCGCGCAACGUGCGGGCCCAGCGCAGACAGGACGUCGUGGACACCGCUGUACUCAGCGAUAAACCACUCGGCGACAACACUGACGCCAGCAAGGGCCUUGCCGUCGCGCAGCGGGCAUUGAGAAGUGGGGCCACAAAGCUGCCGACCAAGCGGAACCUGGACCAAGAAGCUGAAGGUGAGGAGGAUGAUUACAGCGACGAGGAUGGACGCAUGGAUCUCGACGAAGGCAUCGACAUCGGCACAGCCGGCGGUCUUAGCGGUGGAAGCGGCUCUGGUUUGCGGGGCGGUGCAAGCGGAAGUGGUCGGGGCGCGAAGAGAAACCGAGGACGAGGAAAAUGA